AUGCUCUCGCCCUUUUCCAAGCUGGGCCUCUUUGUCGGCCUCGCCCUCUCGAGCCUGCUCCCGCUCGCCCUCGGCGCCGAAAACUACAUCGUGAGCGGCGACCGGUGGAAGGAUUCAGACGGCAACUUUAUCAACGCUCACGCCGCCGGCAUCCUGCGCGAGGGCAACCAGUUCUACUGGGUCGGAGAGUACAAGGAGAAGUCCAACGGCUUCAGGGGCUUCUCGCUCUACACGUCGACGGACCUCAUCAACUGGCAGAACAAGGGCCUCGUCGUCCAGGCCACGUCGGGCCUGCCGUUCCAGGUGGGCGAGCGGCCCAAGAUCAUCAAGAACGCGUCGACGGGCAAGUACGUGCUCUGGUUCCACGCCGACAGCAGCAACUACUCCAAGGCCCAGGUGGGCGUCUGCACCGCCUCGGCCGUGGCGGGCCCCUAUGACUGCAGCUCCGUCUUUAGCCCGCUCGGCCUCGAGAGCCGCGACAUGAACGUCUACGUCGACGACGACAAGACCGGCUACCUCAUCUUUGCCACCAACGACAACCAGGAGACGGCCGUCGCCACCAUGACGCCCGACUACACGGGCCUCGUCAAGCGCGUCGCCACCAUCCCCGGCCGCCUCGAGGGAUUCGGCGUCUUCAAGCGCGGAGGCCAAUACAACAUGAUCCUCAGCGGCCAGAGCGGCUGGAGGCCCAACCCAAACUACCGCUACACGGCCUCGUCCAUGAGCGGGCCCUGGACCAAGGCCAACGCCAUCGCCCCCGAGGACCUCAACACGUACAACUCGCAAAACACGUUUGAGCUCUCGAUCGGCUCGACCGAGGUCUACAUCGGCGACCGGUGGUGGGAGACGGACCUGAGCCAGUCGCGCUACGUGUGGCAGCCGUUCAAGGACAACGUGCUCGACUACCGCCCGCUGUGGCGCAUCAACCUCCAGGACGGCAGCUACACGUCGCCGGCCUCGACGACCUACUCGCUCAGCGCCGGCAAGGUGUCGGGCUCCAACGCCAAGACCGUCUUCGCCGCCUGCUCGGCCUGCCCCUCGGGCAAGAUCGGCACCUACAUCGGCGCCGGCGGUUCCGUCACCCUCAGCGGCGUCCAGACGCCCGACGGCAGCGCCGGGGCCGUGUGGGUCAGCGUCUACUAUGUCAACAGCGACAGCUACCCCAACUGGAGGUCCGGCACCAUCCAGGUCGGCUCCUCGGCACCCGUCGCCGUCACCUUCCCCACCGGCGGCAGCCUCUCCGGCCACCUCCAGGACACGCCCGUCAAGGUCAACCUGGCCGCGGGCAAAAACACCGUCACCCUCGCCGGCCCCUCGGGCGGAGGCUACGCCGCCGACAUCUCCCACAUUGUCGUCUGGCAGUCGAACAAGUAG